ACUUGAUAACGCGGAGCCGCCGACGGGUCGCCGCCGCCAGACUCUCCGAUUGGUCUUUAAUUCAGACAGUCCGGGAUAACCGGCCGGGACCCUGGGGGAAAUGGCUUCUGAGCAGCCGCAGGCGGAGAAGCCAAGAAUUCUGCAUCGUGGUGCCUGGACUCAAGCAGCUCCCUGCAAAGAGGAGAAGUUCUUCCGUAAUGUCAGUGAUUCCAUUGGGAACAACUACAGCCCUGCGGCCCGUGCCCUUUCAACAUCUUACAUCUACAAACUCCUCGGCUCCAGCGGGUCACGUCAACAGCAGUUGAAAGAUGAGUCAACGACAACUUCUACCAGUCAUUCUCAGAGUGGACCAAAACUUCUCAAGAACAAACAUUCCAGGCUGUUGCAAAGCAGGAGCAAGUUAAGCCCCCACAGAUUGCUCCAUCAAAGACAUUGUGAUGAACUUUUUACAAAUAUGGCAACCCAAGGAACUGAAUUCUGCCUGACAACCACAAACUCGUUGACCAGGAUGGCAACCUUCGACCAUGAGUUUGCGGCUCCCACACUGAGGCUGCAGCCCCUGGAGAGAGGAGCCCACUCCGCUCCUGCUCAGCGGGCAGGUUGCUUUGACUCGAAGACGUGGGCCAGGGCUCCCUGGAUGCCAGAGGAGCAGGUGCAUGGUGGAGAUGGUGAUGGGUCCGUGCUCGGUCAUGAUAGCCUGAAGAUGAGGAGGACACAGCCUGGGACCAGAGAGGACAACCUGUUCAGUGACUCUGACUGGCGACAACCUGCUGACCACAGAUGGGUUUGGGAUAGUGUUGCAUGUAACUGGGAGAACAGGAGCAACGGUGAGUUGUCCGUCUUCCUGUCUACCUCGGGAGGCUUGAAGUAA